CCAUUGAUGGGGCGAGAGGAAGGAAGCGGAUCUUCGAUCCCGCCCGGAGGCUCGGCACCCCUGGGCCGCCUUCCUCCCGUGCCCGCCUGCGCUCGCGCCGCCGCGGCUCCUGGAGGGCCUCGCGCCACCUGCCGGCGCCCAGGGAUGAACCGGGCCCUCACUCUGGAAGGCAAGGAUAUGGGCGGCCGCGAUUGACGGCUCGGGCGCAGCUGGGAGGGAAUCCCCGGCGGGCGAGAGCGCCAGCGCCAGGCCAAGGCGUGGGGUACGCGGAGAGGUCCGGGAUCACGGCGACGGCAUCCGGAGUCGCGGACGGGGCGCUGCCGGGGAGUCCGGGAACCCUGGAGCGGCCGGGGAGUGGGCGGAGGUGCCGCAGGAGGCGUCCGGGGCUUGGCCGGGCUGGUCUGGUCGGGCGUGCAGUUGAGGGGAGGGGCGGGGCUGCGCCGGGCUGGGCCGCCGGAUCUGCUUCCCUCGCCCUGGACCGUCGCUGGGCGAUGAGUGUUGGGGAAGAGAGGAAGACCUGCGGACCUUUAGAUCCUGGGACCGCCCUUUCCCGCUCCAGGUCGGGCGGCGAGCAGCAACGAAGGCUGGACGCUCAGUGGCAGCAUGAGAGCGGGCGCCGCCGCUCCGGGCUUGCGGCCGCGCGGCAGUCGGUGGCGGCUCUGCCGGCGCUCGCCAUGGGCGCGCGGUGGGGCGGGCGGCGCACUCCGCGUGGAGGCCUGAGGCUGUCCGAGGCCCAUCUGGCGCUGAUGGCCGCCAGCCUGGUGUGCAGCGCCGUGGUCGUCUAUGUUUGCUGGAAGCAGCUGCCGCCCCUGCCCUGGGCCUCCUCCGUCCCGCCGCAGCGGGUGAGCGUGCUGCUGUGGUGGGAGCCCUUCGGGGGCCGGCACAGAGCCAAAAGGCCGCACCCCGAUUGCCGGUUGCGCUUCAACAUCAGCGGCUGCCUCCUGCUCACUGAUCGCGCGGCCUACGGGGAGGCCCAGGCGGUGCUUUUCCACCACAGAGACCUGGUGAGGGGACCCCCGGACUGGCCCCCGCCCUGGGGCGUCCACGUGCGCCCGGCGGAGGAGCAGCAGGUGCUGAUGGACGACGAGGAGGAAGCCGCGGAGGCCUUGGCCCUGGCUGCCUCGGGCCCCAGGCCCCCCGGCCAGCGCUGGGUGUGGAUGAACUUCGAGUCGCCCACCCACUCCCCGGGACUGCAGAGCCUGGCAGGUAACCUCUUCAACUGGACGCUCUCCUACCGGGCCGACUCGGACAUCUUCGUGCCUUACGGCUACCUCUACCCCAGGACCCAUCCCAACGAGCAGCCGCCGGGUCUGGUCCCGCCGCUGGCCCGGAAACAAGGGCUGGUGGCCUGGGUGGUGAGCAACUGGGACGAGCGCCAGGCGCGGGUCCGCUACUACCGCCAGCUGAGCCAGUACGUGACCGUAGACGUCUUCGGCAAGGGCGGGCCCGGGCAGCCGCUGCCUGACGUCGGGCUCCUGCACACGGUGGCCCGCUACAAGUUCUACCUGGCCUUCGAGAACUCGCAGCACCUGGAUUAUAUCACGGAGAAGCUGUGGCGCAACGCCUUCCUGGCUGGGGCGGUGCCGGUGGUGCUGGGCCCAGACCGUGCCAAUUACGAGCGCUUCAUGCCCCGCCGUGCCUUCAUCCACGUGGACGACUUCCCUGAUGCCUCCUCCCUGGCGGCCCACCUGCAAUUCCUCGAUCGAAACCCAGCUGCCUACCGCGGAUACUUUAGCUGGCGUCGGAGCUAUGCCGUGCACGUCACCUCCUUCUGGGACGAGCCUUGGUGCCGGGCCUGCCAGGCUGUGCAGAUGGCUGGGGACCAGCCCAAGAGCGUCCCUAACUUGGCUGGCUGGUUUCAGCGGUGAAGCCACCCUCCCCUGGCUGUAACCCAGGGAGGCCAAGUCGUCGGCUUUUGGAUCCUCCGCUGUGCAUCUCCUUAACUGCCGAAUCAUGGGACUGUAUUUUCCAAACACCCAUUUUUAAUCUAUUCCCAUAGAUUAAAGUUGAUUUACCAAGUAAUAUUAUUCAGCACAAAGACUGGGUGGGAAGG